AGGGACCGAAAGGGACCGGGAGGGAUCAGGAGCUGUCCUGAUGGACCGGGAGCCUCCCUGUGUCCUGGGAGAGCCGUAGAGGGCCCAGGAGCCUCCCCGUGAGGGCCCAGGAGACACCGGGAGCCUCCCCGUGGCCUAUGAGGGUCCGGGAGCGCUCCCGAGAGCCCUCAAUGGGGAAAUCUGCGCUCUGUGCCCGGUGUUGGGCCUGGGCUUGGCUGAGCGAGUGAUUCCCGAGGGAGAGGAACUCGAUGUGCCCUUGGAAGGGAGAACUGGAGGAUGGAGUAGAAGGAAAAGCCCCCCCCCAAAAAUACAGCUCGACAGGUGACUGAGUCACAGGUGGUGCAACAUGGCUGGACAAAUAUCAGAGUCUGAUCAGAUCAAGCAGUUCAAGGAGUUUCUUGGCACAUACAAUAAACUUACAGAAAACUGCUUCGUGGAUUGCAUAAAGGAUUUCACUAGCAGAGAUGUGAAACCAGAAGAGAUAACUUGUUCAGACAACUGCCUGCAGAAGUAUCUAAAGAUGACACAGAGGAUCUCCAUGAGAUUCCAGGAGUACCACAUCCAGCAGAACGAGGCUCUGGCAGCCAAGGCAGGACUGCUCAGCCAACCUCGCUAGAGCAGAGCACUGUGCUCAGACUUAAGCUGUGCCAGUGUUCCCUGGGCAAGAACACUUUGGGGGAUUCCUACUGUCAGGAUGUGUGUCAGCAGCUCAGAGCAGAGCUGUGGGUGCUGCUCAGGCAGUGGGAGCAGAAGGGUUAAACAGGAGCUCAGUCCUGGUGGCCUGGCAGUGGAGUUUGUUUCCACAGGGGAAUGAUGCAGAUACAACUUUACCCAGGGCCCACAGACUGGUGUCUGAAUUUCAGGGGUGGUGGGAGGGCUCACCUGCCUUUUGCUGAGACUGGUUGAGAUGAAUCAAUGUAACGUGGGGAAUACAGUUUUAUAUUUAAUUCAAAUAAACUCAACGGGAGCCAUA